ACCUGUCAAAAUAUUAGAGCUUUGUUCCGAUUACCAAUAUACGCGCACAAAAAGAAGAAAAGAGCUUCAUCCACCACUCUAAACAAUGGAAAAGAUUCAGCACAACCAUGUACAAGCUAAAGGACUAAAGCUUCAUGUGGCCCAGAUUGGAACUGGUCCCAAGGUGGUGGUAUUCUUGCAUGGGUUCCCGGAAAUUUGGUAUUCAUGGAGGCACCAGAUGGUUGCGGUGGCUAAUGCUGGCUACCGAGCUAUUUCCAUUGAUUUUAGGGGCUAUGGACUCUCAGAGCAUCCAUCAGAACCAGAGAAUGCAACCUUUAAUGAUUUUGUUAAUGAUGUCGUUGCCGUUCUCGACUCUUUGGGCAUCACUAAGGCGCAUCUUGUUGCCAAGGAUUUUGGGGCCUUUGUAGCAGCCAUGGUGGGCAUACUUCACCCUGAUAGAGUGUCCACCAUCAUUUUACUAGGCGUUCCUUUCCUGCUACCAGGUCUCUCUCCACUCCAGUCUCAACUUCAUCUCAUUCCACCAGGCUUUUAUAUGCUAAGAUGGAUGGUACCAGGAGGAGCUGAAGCAGAUUUUGGCCUCUUUGACACAAAGACGGUUAUUCGCAAGGUUUAUAUUAUGUUCUCUGGAAGUUUACCCCCGGUUGCUGCUGAUAAUCAAGAGAUAAUGGAUUUGGUCGACUCAUCUGCACCUGUCCCACCAUGGUUGAGCGAGGAGGAUCUUGCAGAAUAUGGUUCUUUAUACGAGAAAAGUGGAUUCCGCACUGCGCUGCAAGUUCCAUACAGGACUAUGAUGCUGCCCUGUGGGCUGGAUGAUGGGAAAAUCAGAGCUCCAGGACUUGUGAUCAUGGGAGAGCAGGACUAUAUCAUGAAAUUCCCAGGGCUGGAAGACUAUAUCAGGAGCGGCAAAGUCAAGGAGUUUGUGCCCAAUUUGGAUGUCACAUUUUUGGCACAAGGGACCCAUUUCGUCCAAGAACAACUUCCUGAGGAGGUGAAUCAUCUCAUUAUCUCCUUCCUUAACAAGCACUGCGAAUAGAGCAAACCGAUGACCUAGUUGCUUCUUCAUCUUCUUCCUUCUUUACCGCUGAAUAAAAGGACCUUGUGCCAUUUAAAUAAAGAAUAAUAUGACCUCAAAAUGGUCAAAUUUGAAUGUAUUGGGAGUUGGAGAAUCUUCAUUUCAGUUCAAUUAAUGUGCUUGUAUUCACUCUUA